UAUAAUAAAUAUUUGUUGAGUUAGCAUAAAAGUAGUGUACGCGCCGUUACUGACCCGCCGUAUGAUACGUACGCCACGUAUUAUUGUAUUUACUAAAACUUGUUAAUUUUAUUAGCGUAUGCUCUUCCGGUAACGUUGUUCAACUGUUGAGUCCGCUGUGCAGCCAGGAUAGUGCUCUUCGUUUCGACAGUGUUUACAGUUACGCAUUAUAAAUGGAUCCUUCAUUAAGGAAGAAGCUCCGGACAGUUAAUUGUAAUUGUCCAUAUGUCGUUUAUUUUCGAAUAAAUGACCAGAAAUCGUUUUGCGUUCACAGUCGCUCUUUAUCCGACUAUCUGUUGUUAAUAUAUGACGAUCAACGCACAGUAAAUUAUAUUCAAGGCCUGAUCACAUCGGGCAGGAUAAACAAUGCGGAUGAAGACAUUAAUAUCAUAUCACAGUCAAAGGACAAUGUGAAUUUGUACAUUGAGUCUCUCAACUUGUCAUUACUGCAUUUGGAGGAAAGCCAAACACUUCAGGAAGCGGUACUCUUAGAAGAACUUAAGGCUCUUCCAGAUAUCAAUGUUAAUGAAGCAAGUAGAUCCUCUUUCCUUAAGCAUACAAGAACAAAUUUUCAAUUCCAAGUUGGGAACUUCAGUUGGGUUACUGCAGCGGUCGCAGUCCUCGUCUUUAAUUGAUGUUCCAAUCUGUUGUAAAACAUCGUCCAUAAUGGAUACACUGCCACCUGAUUGCUCAAAACAGCCA